AAGUGAGCAAGUCCGGACCAGGCCAGACUAUAAAAGCCAUAUCAGUUUGAUAGUUGGACCAUUAGUUCUUGAGUUGUCAUUCGAGAAAUCAUUUACAAUAAUGGUAUCGAUAAAGCUUCUGGCGAGUGUGAUGCUGGUAGUGGCAGUGGCCAUAGAAAGGUCCACUUCGGCGCCUCACAAAGCACAUUCCUUCCAGCAUUUUCACGGACCCGUCGAGGGCGAGGGCGUUGAAGUUGUCUGGAAAGACAAGCAUGGACACGAGCACGUCGACUACAAAGCCCAUCCCAAGUACAAAUUUUCAUACGGAGUCGAGGACCAUCACACCAAAGACUUUCACGGACAAAAGGAGCACCGAGAUGGUAAAGACGUAGCAGGUGAGUACACGGUGCACGAACCCGGUGGCAACGUCAGAACCGUCAAGUACCAUGCUGACCAUCAUGGCGGUUUUCAUGCCAUAGUACACAAUUCCGGCGGAAACGACCACUCCGGCGGUACCUACGGCCACGGGCACAGUUGAUAAAUCAUCCAGUUUACUGGAGUAGCCAUAGCCUCUAGCCACCGGUGGUCUGCGAUACGAAUCGUUAUUAAUAGUUUGCGAUCUAGACGUCGACUUGUCGUCAUCCUCGUUUCCAUCCUUCGUCCUUAGAUCCCAUGUCGUCCAGUCGAUGUCUUCCUAUUUGUUUUUGUUUAUCUUAAUAAAUUGUUUUUGUUGUCAGUUAUCAUUAUUAUGAUUAAAUGUAACGUCAGUCUACUU